AUGACCAAGAACCCCUCGCUAACAGCCACAGUCACCCCCGGCAUCACAGCGCAAGAGUACUAUGACCGCCGCGCCAACCUCGCCCAUCGUCUCCCCGAGGGCGCCCUCGCCAUCCUUCCCGCCGCCGAGCUCAAGUACCGGUCAGGCGCAGUCUUUCACCCCUAUCGCCAAGAGUCCAACUUCCUCUACCUCACCGGCUGGGCCGAGGGCGACUCACUCGCUGUCAUCCGCAACACCGGCCCCCAGUGGGGCGACUUUACCUUCCAUCUCUUCUGCCAGCCCAAGGAUGCUACUGCCGAGCAGUGGUCCGGCCCGCGCAACGGCAUCCAGGCGGCCGCCGACAUAUUCAACGCCGACGACGCCGGCGAUAUCAACAGGAUCGACAGGCUCCUGCCCGACAUUGUCAAGUCAGCCACGCGCGUCUACACCGACCUCGAGAGGCCGCGCCAGGGCCACGCCGAGAGCAAGCUCUGGUCCCUCGUCAAGGGUGACAAGGCGUGGUGGCCCUCCACCCGCUCGCCCUUGUACCCCAUUCUCAACACGCUGCGCGCCAUCAAGUCGCCGGCCGAGAUUGCCAACAUGCGCAAGGCCGGCCAGAUCUCGGGCCGCGUCAUCACGGACGCCAUGCGCCGCGCCUGGACGCGUGAGAAGAACCUGCACAACUUCCUCGACUACCGCUUCGCCGUCGACGGCUGCGACGGCCCUGCCUACAUCCCCGUCGUCGGCGGCGGCCGCAACGGUUCGUGCAUCCACUACGUCCUCAACAACGACGUCCUGCGCCCCGGCGACAUGGUCAUGGUCGACGCCGGUGGCGAGUACGGCACCUACAUCACAGACAUUACCCGUACCUGGCCCCUCGACGGCAAGUUCACCCCGCCGCAGAGGGACCUCUACGAGGCCGUGCUCAAGGUCCAGCGCGCCAGCGUCGCCCUGUGCCGCGAAGACGCGAGGCUGACCCUCGACGACAUCCACGACCACACCUACCGCGGCCUGCACGAGGAACUCAAGAGCCUCGGCUUCGAUAUUGCCCACCGCGACGUUGACCGCCUCUUCCCCCACCACGUCGGCCACUACAUCGGCCUCGACGUGCACGACGUGCCGGGCUACGGCCGCCGCGUGCCGCUCAAGUCGGGCCACUGCGUCACGGUCGAGCCCGGCGUGUACGUGCCGGACGACGAGCGCUGGCCCAAGCACUUCAGGGGCCUCGGUGUGCGGAUCGAGGACAGUAUUUGCGUUGAUGCAUCGUCGCCUUUCAUCCUCACAACCGAGGCCGUCAAGGAGAUGCUCAUCAACAUCGCCCUGAAUGCAACAUGUAAACGCCGUUUUGAAACCCAUGCUCCUCUGAUGUGA